AUGGCAGUAGAAACACGAGACCAGUUAAAAGUUGAAAGAGCUCAGAUCAGCACCCUCUCUGCUGAUAUGGAAAGGCUCAUCAAGGCAAACAAUACUCUGAUGGCCGAAGCCCAAGCAAUCCGCAAGGACUUCGAGGAUUACAAGGACGAAGUAAAGGGCCAGAUGGAUGCCCUUUAUAGGAGAAAGUCGUCGGAAAACUUCGAGACCUGGUUCACAAACCUUCUCAUUUGGCUCGAUUACAACCAUUUCACGGACGACAAGGACAAAAUUCAGCAGGCCAAUGCCCAUCUGGAAGGAGGAGCAGCUCUGUACAUGAAAGAGUAUGCAAUCAAGCUCACCUCUGAACAAGAUGUUGGCACAUGGGCAGAAUACACCAGGAAACUGGAAAUGGCACACAAGACGCUUGAUCCCAAGUGCACGGCACAGUCAAUGUUAGAUGUGCACUGCACAAUUCACCACAAGAUGAUGAUCGCCUUCGCAGAGAAUUUCAGGGCUUAUGCCCCCAAAUCAGGAUACUCUGAUAAAGAUCUGAUCGUCAAAAUUAGGGAACAACGGUCGACCCACAUCCAGACAGUUAUGUCAGUAACAGAGACUCUAGAUCCUUCGAAGAUUCCAACUACUUGGAUGAAUUAUCUCAAAUUCUGCCUGGAAAUAGAAAUUAAACAUCUCCAGCAAGUCUCGAGAAACAAGUCUACUAGACAGACCAUGGUGACUAAGACGACUGCCCCCAAGGACCUAAUGCCAUGGACACAAGUGCACAUGAACUCUCCCUUGAACAGGAUAGCACUGGAACAAGCAAUUGCUGCAUUACGCGAGAUGAAGACCUCUACCCCUAUGUCCUCAAUAGGCAAGGGCAAAGAAAAGGUGAAAAAGGACGAUGUGGCAUCUAACGCAUCCACGGCAUCAACGGCUAAGGACACCAAUGCGAGAAUCAUCGAGAUGGAUGAAUUCUUAGAGGAUUUUCAGUACGAAGUGUAG